CCCUAACGCUUUUCUGGUCCCCGCAUAAAUAAACAAAACGGCAUGGAAAUAACAUUCGAACCCUGCCACAUGUCGUUUAGCACUUAUUUUACUGGUAAAUUUCAAUCUAGAGUGACCCACGUGACCCACGACGGCCAUGGAGGAUGGUCAAGGCAUCCAAUGGGUCGAAUUGACCAACGUUGAGGCCCAAAGAUCCAAGCUCUCACUUGUCAAGAAAGGCUACCGCCAUGAUGUGUUCUUGGAGCGAUUGUUCCAAAUUCUGGGCCUGGACGAGCAAUAUGCGGGCGUGCGGUCGAGCGCCAUCGAUCAAGGCUAUUUGCUACGAGCCAUCGCCAUGGAGGCGACCUUUGAGCGCACCCUCAUUCAAUGGUCCCGAUCUCAAAAGCCCUUUCAGGUUCUUAACUUGGGGGCCGGGUUCGACUUGUCCUAUUUCCGUCUAACCAAUGCUGGUCUAUUGAAUCCAGAGUUGUGUCACUACUUUGAGGUGGAUUUACCCGCGGUCAUUCGGGACAAAAGCCUGGUGAUUCGAUCCCAUCCGAUCUUUCAUGCCAUGUGGCGGACCCCGGGUCAACGAAUCCAUGACCACUGCUACAAGUUUCAAAACUUGGCUUUGUUGGGCUGUGAUUUGAACGACAUUCCAAGUCUAGAACGGCAAUUGAACCAAUGCGGGUUUGAUUGGUCCAAAUUGACAUUGGUGGUAUCCGAAUGCGCGUUGACUUAUGUCCCCGAGCAAUCUGUGUCCGGAUUGUUCACAUAUCUGUUGCAGAAACUGCAGCAAUGUGAACUCGUCAUCUAUGAGCAGAUCCUGCCCGAUGAUAGUUUUGGCCGCAUCAUGUGCAAUCAUUUUCAAACGAGGGACACGCCAUUGCUGAAUGUGGCCCAUUUUCCAACUCCCGACGAUCACAUUCGUCGUUUCUAUGCCUUGGGUCUUUUGGGACCCAUGCAGUGCACGCCUUUAACCGAAUUCCUAGACUGCCAUUUCACCUUGGGUGAACAGAUUCAACGCCAGAAAAGUGAUCCAAGUCUGGAUGAGUUCGAGGAAUUGAUCUUGAAGUGCCAACACUACGUGGUUUUAACAGCCAGCCACGAUCGCCGGAAUGUGGACCCGGACCCCCAUUGCCUGCCGAAGGAAUCAAUUUUAGCACCAUCAAGUAAAGACACCAAGGUCAUUCCUGCAGUAUUUAUC